AUGGCUCAAUUGCUGCGGGGUGUGAACUAUCUGACCAUCUCAAGAAAUCCCGAGUUCUACGGAGGAUCGUCAUCAAAUGCCAUCAUCAGUGCGGUAGAAGCUGCAGAGGAAUCGGAAGAUCAGCCGGCCAACUCCCGGAUAGAAUGGCCUCUCAACAGAGCUAGGCUAUGGCUUGACAAUGCGGCAAACCUCAGGUUUGCCAAAGUGACAGGAUCGUCACUGCCCCCCAGACCGGUUGCAGACGACUACGUCAACCGGUACUUCCAAACUGCCCAUCGCCUAUAUCCUAUCUUGAAUCGCAUCAGUUUCAUGGAACGCUACCGCAACUUCUGGGAAGGCCUACCCACGGAAGGAAAGGGCUAUGAACUCUGGGCAGCUGUCUUGUACAUGGUUCUCGCCCACGGUCAUCAGUGCAGCACUGUCGACCCAGAUGAUCGAGUCAGAAACGAUGCCCUUGCUUCACCAUAUGGGGAGACCUGCUUCAACCUGGCCAAAUCCACCUUUGCGGAUGUACCUUUUUCUGGCGGGGACAUGUCUGCGGUAAACUCCCUGUUCCUCGCAUUCGUUUGGCUCUUUAACCAACAAAGGCUUCACGAAGCAUAUGCAAUGCUGGGAACUUCAGCAAGGGUAGGGUACGCCAUUGGCCUGCACAGAGAGCUCAUGCCGCUAGACGCUCACGUUCUUGAUACUAAUGGCUGGUGUGCAACUUGGUGGGAACUCGCUACUCUGUCAGGUCGUCCGUGCGGGAUUCAGCCCCGAGAGGUUGAUGUCAGACCAUUUCCGCUGGAUACCUCUCCGAUCGAUCUCCAAUAUCUAGAACGUAUGCGGCAGUUUUCCUACCUAGCUUGGGAUGCCUAUGAGCAAGUUUACUCGCUGGCUUUCAAACACUCUGGAGUAACUGAACGUGCAGCUGCUCUUCGUGCUGCGGAUGGUGCUAUUUGCGCUUGGUACGACGGUUGGUAUCACGACUCUACAUGGUCAAAGGAGCCCCACGGGCUUAUUAUCCGAUUGCGCUACCUAAAUCUGAGGAUCCUCCUGUACCGAGCGUUUCUGAACUUGGUUGUGCAGAAACGAGAAAAGCAAAUGGAAGUCAAGGAAGAAUCAGUUGUGGCGGCUGCAAAGUGCAUUGAAAUGGCCAUGUCCCUUGUCCACGUUACCACGUCUGCUAUCAACGCCGGAAGUUCUGGUACUCUUCAAGCAUCCCUCUUUCAUACCAUGGGCUAUCUCUGGAACGCGACGCUUACACUCCUCCUUUAUGUGAGAAGUGAUUCCACACAUGACCUUCUGGCCACCACGACACCAGACCGCGGCAAGAUCAUUGACAAUAUCGAGUCCGCCGCCGUAUUUUUGGCCAGGCACCAGGAUGCCUUACCAUUUGCUCGUGUGGCUGCUGAGAAGGUCCGCCGAUUGUUGAAAAAGGUAGCCACUGGAUAUGUUUCGAGUGACACCCCAAGUACUUCGACGGAUAUCCAUGCUGGAUUCGCUGUUCCCAAUCUGGAGUCGCCGGAUCGAAUUUUGAAUUUCGUCCCAGGAUUCGAUGUCCCGACAUUUGAUAUACCCCGAUUCAAUUUUGAAAUGGCCUUUUCAGGAACCUCACCACAAGGUGAACUCCUGGGUCUGGAGGGUCGAGAAGGCGACCGCACCAACCCUCACUGGAGCCCCGAGGGUGAAGGGUUUUACUUCUAUGACACUCCCGCGGCAGGAUAG